AUUAUAAUAAUGAGAUAAAAAAGGAAAAGCAUUUUAUGUUUUUAUUUGUAUUAAUUUAAGCCUGUUUUAUUAGACGCAGCGUCCUGCGUAAACGAGGACGAACAAAAAGACGAGCUAGAAAACUCGCCUUUCGAGACCAACCUAAAAGAAAAGAGACACUGUGCGUGCUAAUGUUAUUGAACCUAAGCCAGCGACGUGGAUGCCAAAGAAAGGUUCACAAAAUAGCAAAAAUAAAUAAAUAAAUAAAUUUUGUGGUAUGAGUUGGAACGUGUCAGGUUUAACUUAGUCGCGGGACAACUUACCAGUGGGAGGAGUCUGCGUCCCGUGCUUUUGAAAUAGCGGAGGUUAUUUUAUUGCGCGGGCUCUCUCUCGCUCGCAAAGGGACAAAAGCCGUAGAAAUGCCUCCAUUUCGCACGCUUCGCGAUGCCAAAUCUAAUAAUAAUUUCAAAUCAUUCGAAUCUCCCUACCCCUAUUGUUCGACAUAUUUACCUACACUACCGGAGAGACUGAUGCUCAACGACCCUUUCAUAUCCGUCCGAUUUGCGGUAUAGCCUAUCCGAUGGUGUCCUACUGGAUUCUAGUUUCGCCAUUUCCUAUAUCGUAACAUCACUCUCCUUUACCAAAAAGGCUAAAACCCUGCGCCCUGUGUCUUCUUCCUUCCACCUCCGUCGUCUCUCCGCUUACCCUGUGCGCAACAUCUUGUUGCACGCUAAUGGCGGCGUAGUUUUUUUUUUUUCUUUUUGUUUUUUUGAAAAAAAAGAAAAGAAAAGAAAAAAAAGGGGAAGAAGAAAGGGGCGGUGGCGGCGGAGGAGGAGAGAAAACUUAAAACUUAAAAGAGUAGGGAAUGGGGGAGUGGUGUUGUAGAGUUUACCUGGUUGGGAUCUCCGCGGUGGUCGUACUACUGUCGGCGGCGGAGGCGGAGGCGCUGAGCACCGACGGGCUAGCCCUCCUGGCCCUGAAAUCCGCGGUCUCCGCCGACCCCACCGGCGCACUGGACACGUGGCGCGACUCCGACGCGGACCCGUGCGGGUGGGUGGGCGUCACGUGCGGGGACGGUCGCGUCACUGACCUCGCUCUCCCGAACCGGUCCCUCUCCGGCUACCUCCCGUCCGAGCUCUCCCUCCUCUCCGCCCUCUCCUCCCUCUCCCUCCCCUUCAACCGCCUCUCCGGCUCCAUCCCCGCCGCUCUCGCCGCCCUCCGCGCCCUCUCCGCCCUCGACCUCUCCCACAACCUCCUCUCCGGCCCCAUCCCCCCCGCCAUCGGCGCCUUGGCGUCGCUCUCCCGCCUCGACCUCUCCUCCAACCUCCUCAGCGGCUCCCUUCCUCCGGCCAUCGCCGCGCUUCCCAGGCUCUCCGGCGUGCUCAACCUCUCCUGCAACCGCUUCUCCGGCCCGAUCCCGCCGGAGUUCGGGAGCAUCCCGGUGGACGUGAGCCUCGACCUCCGCCGGAACAACCUCUCCGGUGAGAUCCCGCAGGUAGGGUCGCUCCUCAACCAGGGCCCCACCGCGUUCGCCGGGAACCCCGGCCUCUGCGGGUUCCCGCUCAAGAUCCCGUGCCCGGGCUCCAAGCAGGACCCGAGGAUUCCCCAGCCCAGCCCCAGCUGGAACCCUAGCUCGGCGACGGCGGACCCGGUCCGGGCGGAGCGGCAGCAUCGGAGGCCGGGGGUCGCCGUCCCGAUCCUCGCCGGCGUCGUGAUCGCCGCUCUCGCCUCGAUCGUGGUCCUCCAGCUGCACUUCCGGCGGCGGCGGCGAGGCUUGGCCGGCGACGGGAAGGAGUCCAAGAAGGGCAAGGGCGGCGCCGCCGACGGAGCGUUGGCGGAGGAUCGCAGGGAUGCGCACGAAGGGGAGGUGUUCGUGGCGGUGGACGAGGGUUUCGGGCUGGAGCUGGAGGAGCUGCUCCGGGCCUCGGCGUACGUGGUCGGGAAGAGCCGGGGCGGGAUCGUCUACAAGGUUGUGACCGGGAAGGGCCCGGCGGUGGCGGUGCGCCGCCUCAGCGAGGGGGACGACGGCGAGUCCGGCGGCGGCGACGAGUGGCGGCGGCGCCGCGGAUUCGAGUCGGAGGCCAUGGCGAUCGGGAGGGCGAGGCACCCCAACGUCGUCCGCCUCCUCGCCUACUACUACGCCCCCGACGAGAAGCUUCUCGUCUACGACUACAUCCCCAACGGCACCCUCCACGCCGCACUCCACGGUGGGCCUUUGAAUCCGACGGCUGCGGCGCUUCCGUGGGCCGCGAGGCUAUCGAUAGUGCAAGGGGCGGCGCGGGGGUUAGCUCACCUGCACGAGUGCGGCCCCCGCAAGUACGCGCACGGGAGUGUGAGGUCGUCGAAGAUACUCCUCGACGACGAGCUCCGCCCCUACGUCUCCGGGUUCGGCGUCGCCCGCCUCGUCUCCGCCGCCCAAAAGUCGACCCGCUCGUCGUCGGCCAAGAGCCUGGGCCCCGCGGCGUGCGCGCAGCCGCUGCCCUACGUGGCGCCCGAGGCGCGCGCCGCGGCGGCGGCGGCGGCGGCGACGCAGAAGGGCGACGUGUACGCGUUCGGGAUCGUGCUCUUGGAGGCGGUGACGGGGCGGGCCCCGGGGGCGGACGAAGGGGAGGGGGGUGAUUUGGAGGGUUGGGUGCGCCGGGCGUUCAAGGAGGAGCGGCCGCUGUCCGAGGUGGUGGACCCGGCGUUGCUGCACGAGGUGCACGCCAAGAAGCAGGUGCUCGCGGUGUUCCACGUGGCGCUCGGGUGCACCGAGGUGGACCCCGAGCUGCGGCCCAGGAUGCGGGCCGUCUCGGAGAGCCUGGACCGGAUAGGGUAGAGGCUGGAUUUAGAUGCUCAACGACGGGCAAAUCCUUUUUUGGUUUUUUUGUUUUUUUUUUGUUCGGUAGGUGUUUAAUGUUUUAGUAGGAUUGUAACUAAGGUGGGACUUUUGUUGUGUAGGCCGUGCCUUUGGAAGAAGCCCGUGUUGUGAAAGGGAUGUAGUGGGGGACAUAGUAACAAUGUUCCAAGAUUACUUUUCAACAAUUGAUUAAUUAAACUUAUUAUUA